UAAAUAUAUAAUGUAAAGCAUUUAUGUUAGAACAAAUUAGGUAACCGUUUAAAGGAGCAGGUAGUAAGGUAGCGUUGAUAUUUCGGAUAACAAUGGUUCUGUUUAAUGAAAAUUCUCAGUUCGGUCGUAAAAAAGUAUCACUGACGAGUGUAGGUUAAUUAUCCUAUUAUGUUGAUAUCCAAUAUAUGCAUAAUAACAUAAACGGUACCAAUUUUUCUGCACCAGAUGCGCAUUUCGACAAUCAAUGUCUCUUCAGUGAUGCUCGAGGCCAAAAUAUUUGAAAAUCCAAAGCUUAUUAAAAGGAUGAAGAGCUAUAAACCAAAAAGGACAAUAAAGUUGUUCAAAAGAGUCGUUAAAUUUAAGAGGACUUCUACAUUUGGUUUUAAAAAGUUCAUUCUAUAUGAUAACUGUAUAAAUAUUAUAUGACUUAAUAUAAGGUCAAACAUACUAUAUUUUUUAAAAAGAGAUAUGAUGUAAAACAAAAAGAUACAGUGACCCACUUAAUAAUCGAAACGCAUUCAUAUGCAUGGAAUUAAUCACAUUAAAAUGUGUUUAGGAUAUUAACUGUUAGUGCAUUCAACCAAUACGUUAUAUUACCUUAUCCUGCUUCUUGUAGAGGGAGGUACAUGUCGACCGUGCUUUCCAAUAAUAUUCUGUCCCUUUAUGUUAAUGGUCAUCCUGUUCGUAGCUUGGUUGUGGAAGGUUUCAACUGCAUGCGUGUUUUACUUUUACGGCAUGCUCUUAGGUAGACAUAUGUGCGCAUGUAAAACUGGUUUAACUGCUGCUAUACCAAUGUGUUGUUUUUCUUGUUUGUACCUUUUCUUGGAGGAGUUAGGUGUUGGCGUUUGAUGUGGUCUGUUUACGUUAUACUGUCCAUAUUUUCGAUCAUUCUGUUAUCCUUUUUAUGUAUUUCUUUUGAUAAAACAUUUUCCAAAAUUAAAAUUGUCUCCCCAAAUAAGAAAUUCGACCAUGUCCAAAAAGCCAGGACAAAGAAUGUUCCAGAUAAAAAGAUACUUUUUUACCAUUUUGUGUCAAAACAGUUGUAUUUUCUAAUUCAUUUGUGGUCUGCAUAUCUAUUUAAAACAACAAUGUAAGCGCAAAUCGUUGAUCAAUUCACAAGCGACACAACUCUCCCCGUCUAAGAUAUUACUAUUGGUGUAAACUUCUAUUAACUCAUCAUAGACACCAGGAUUAAAAUUUUGCACGCCAGAUGCGAGCGUCGUGUACAAAUGACACAUCAGUGACGCUAAAAUAAAAAAAGAUAAAAAGGACAGAUAAAGUACAAAGUUGAUGAGCAUUGAGGAUCGAAAAUUCCGAAAGGUUUUGCCAAAAACAACUCAGGUAAAUUAUUUAUUCUCGGGAUAGAAAAUCCUUCAUAUUUUGAAAAAUUCUUAGUUUUUUGUAAACAGCUAAUUUAUCAAUGAUGAUAUUUUUGGAAACUAAAUAUGUUACAACUUCGUUGAAAGUUUCCAAAUUUUUAUUCAGUUUAAAUAGCUGUUUUUCGUUUCAAAUAUUAAGAUUGAAAUCUUGAAAGCCAUUAAAUGUAAAAGAAGAACCGAUAGCUGGAGAUAUAUAUUUUUAAUAGAUUAAGAAUUCUUCAUUUAAACUUUGGCAACCAUUUAAUUGUCUUAUAGCUGAAAUAUGUGGUGUUCCUUUUACGUAUUCAUUUGAUAGUCUUCAUUUUUUAUCUCGGAGUUUGUACCUUUGACAAAUUGUUAUUUAUUGCAUUUAUUUAUUACGUCAACAUUUAAUGUAUUACAGGUGGUGGGGAAGCACCAGUCCAGCCAGAACCUCUACAAAUACCCGAACCCCCGGCAGAACGUAUGCGGCCAACUAGUUUGGUUGAACUGAUACAAAAUAUUACAGAUGCUGCACAACGGGGAAAUACUAUUAAAGCUGUUGGAACGAAACAUUCUGUAGAAUGGACAGACAUCGGACAUAUAGAUGGAACUCAAAUAGACAUGAGUGAUUUGAAUGAUGUCAUUCAUAUUAACAGAACCGUCCUGAAUGCUGUCAAUCAGGAAAUGUUGGAUAACAGGAUGAUCUGCUGUUUUGAAGCUGGAGCCACGAUAGAACAUGUUCAAGAAUACCUCUGGCCUCUUGGGUUUAGAAAAACAAGGUUUCCAGACCGGUAUAGAGUUUUGCCAAAUCAAACUGGUUGUACCAAUUUAUCUUUGAGUGGCACCAUUGCGACUGGAGCCCAUGGAAAUGGUUUAACAAAGCCUAUAAUAGCAGAUAUGGUCUUGUCGUUCCUUUUAUUGACGGUGAACGAGAAUGGUGAAGUUUGACAGAAUCAAAUAGAACCGGAAGAUGGUAUAACCGAUCGACAGGCAUUUGAAGCAUUUUACCCAGAAAAAAAUCUCAUUCAGGAUAAUGAUAUUUUCCAUGCAGCACUUGUUAAUAUUGGUGGUAUGGGACUUGCUUAUUCUUACAUCCUGCGUACUGAACAAGCGUUUUAUCUUACAGAAAACCGAAACUUUGUUUCAUGGGAGAUAGCACAAGAACAAAUCCCGAUACUUUAUGAUCGAAACUUAAAUGAAGCCGAUCCCUUGCACAGUUUCGAGAUAUUUGUAAAUCCGUAUCCUGUUGGGCCUGAAAAUCAAAACGGUGUCGUUAUAUGUACCUUGGAAUAUACCAAUGGCCAACCAGAAGGCAGGAGACCAGACUGGCAUUUAAUUCCACAUGAAUGGGUACGUGUAGGGUUUAAUUGGGCUUGCAACAACUUUCCAAUACUUGUUCCCAUUCUUUUGAACAUUCUUAUGAGAGGUACAACAACUAACCAGCCUGUGACUAUGAAUGCUGUUGAAGCGUUGGAUCCAUUGUCUGGUUUAGCAGUUUCUGGUCAGGUUACCGUAAGCGAGUGUGCUAUGCAAACACAAAAUCCCGAGGAUGUCAUACAAAAGAUACAAGCUUUAAUAGAUCGUUAUCAAGAAGUACAAGAUAUAAACGUACAUCAAUUUGCAACUACUCCUUUUGCUGUGAGGUUCUCUAGACCGACGAAUGCAUAUAUGGCUAUGCAGUACAAUCGCCAGUCAAUGAUGAUUAUCAGCAAUAUAUUGGUAGGAACACCAAAUGCAGCUAAUACUCUACAGCAGUUUAGAAAUUUGAUGCAAGAUCAAUUUAACGGUCGACCUCACUGGGGUAUGGUUCAAGAUGUAGAUGCAAACAACGUGGUAAAGAUGUAUCCAGGCAAUGGUGUUGUAGAUCCUGUAGCUGUAUUUACAAAUGUAAUGCAGGAACGUGAUCCUAACGGGAUUUUUAGGAAUGAAUUUAUCAAUAGAGUUUUUUCCCUGUGCAGAAUCUAUAAGAUUCUGGUAUUUAACAGAAAUACAAUUUACCCAUGGACUUUCUUUACUACACAUUGUACGUUGUAUGCUGAACACUAACCCAAUUCAAUUCAAACAUAUUUAUUACACCAAGCAAUGCAUUGAACUAUUAAUUAAGCUCUUUUGGAAUUACUAUUGACUAAAUUACAAAGUAUAUGUAAACGAUUUUUUAUAUUUCUUACAAUAAAUGCAUUGCACUGAUAGACCUUUUAUAUCCAACACUUAACUUCUAUUAACGCUUGGACAUAUAAAUUUAGAUAUUUUUGUACUUGCAUUUCUUAACCUAAAAUUAUUUUGUAGUUUGGUGAUUUUGUAUUAUUAAAUAUUUCUAGUUAAGUUACUUGAUAAACUCGUUCCCGGAUAAUGUCCCUAUCAUAAUAAAAUGAAAAACAAAAUUGUUUAUAAUAUGAACAGAGUACAAUGUAUGUAUAGGUCUUACCUUCUUCAGAAUUUCUAGAUAUCUGACCUUACACAACCGGUGUUUAAAAAAUAAAUAAAAAUAAGAAGAUGUGGUCUGAUUGCCAAUGAGACAACUCUCCACAAGAGACCAAAGUACGUAGAACAGCUAUAGGUCA